GCAGCUGCAGAGAUGGACGUCUUUCUAAUGAUCCGACGUCACAAGACGACCAUCUUCACAGACGCCUAGGAGUCCAGUACGGUGUAUGAGCUGAAAAGAAUUGUGGAGGGGAUUCUUAAGAGACCCCCAGAGGAACAGAGGCUAUACAAGGACGACCAGCUGCUGGACGACAGCAAAACCCUCGGAGACUGUGGCUUCACCAGUCAGACAGCGCGACCCCAGGCCCCAGCGACGGUGGGCUUGGCUUUCAGAGCCAGCGAAGAUGCCUUUGAGCCCCUCCGCAUCGAUCCCUUCUCCAGCCCCCCGGAGCUCCCAGACGUGAUGAAGCCCCAGGACUCCAGCAGCAGCGCUAAUGAGCAAGCAGUGCAGUGAGAGCCAGAGGGCAGCGGGGUGAGCUGCACAACCCAUGGCGCCCCGCCCUGCCCCCCCUUCCUCGAUCCCCCAAUGUGGAGAGAGACAUGGCACUGCCCCUCCCCUCAGGUCGCCCUUUUACUCUGCCCCUCUCUAAGCAAGACCACACACCCUCCCAGCCUCCUCCCCACUCAUCACAGAGCUAUGUUUUCCCUUUGUUUUUGAA